ACUUCCCGUGUGCUUUAGAUUUAAAGGACGAAACCAACCACUUGGCACCAAAAAACUUCUCUUUCUUCGCUCUUCAGUUGUGAUCAUCAUUCUCUGUAUCGCGUAGAGUUGGUGGUGAUUGAAGAAAGAGUAAUGGUUAUGAACUUCACCUAGAUACUCUGAUCCUGCUGCCUAAUAUUGGGUAAACGUCGUCGUCUCUGUUUCUGGAUUCAAGAACUGUAACAUAAUCUAUUCUCAAGUCACGGGAUUUGAUUCAAUGGCUUCUUCAGAAGUAUCUACUUGUGCCAAGAAUAUUCCAAAACCUCCUCCUCUUCCUCGUGUAACCUACCGUGGCCUCCAAGCUUCCAGAAGCAAACCCUCGAGCUCAUCAUCACGCCUUGUGCCCCGAGAAACAGUGGAGACCUGGGACAAACUUUUCAAACAAGGAACUGGAGCAGAUACAUACGUUGAAGUUGACAACAAGUCUCAUUUUCUAGCCCAUUCAUACAUCCUGGCUGCAGCUUCACCUGUUAUGCCACAGCUUCUACACCAAUCGAGGGAUAAAAAAGGAAAUUCACACCUCAAGUUCCUUGGAGUGCCUCAAGAAGCUGUCUACAUGUUCAUUCGGUUUCUCUACUCUUGCAGCUACGAGGAGGAGGAGAUGAAGAAGUUUGUGCUCCCUUUGUUAGUUCUAUCACACUGCUACUCGGUGCCAUCUCUCAAAAGAGUCUGCGUAGAGGUUCUCGGUCAAGGAUGGAUCAACAAGGAGAAUGUGAUCGACGUGCUACAACUAGCACGAAGCUGCGACGCCGCAAGGAUCAGCUUUCUAUGUACUUCAAUGGUCAUCAGAGACUUCAAGUCUGUAUCUUCAACGGAAGGGUGGAAAGUGAUGACACGUGGCGAUCGUAAGCUAGAGCAAGAGCUUCUUGAGGCGGUGGUGGAGGCAGACGCUAGGAGGGAAGAGAGGAGGAAGAAAGUGGAGGAGAGGAGAAUGUAUUUGGAGCUUUAUGAAGCUGUGGAGGCUCUUGUUCAUAUAUAUAGAGAAGGUUGUGGGACGAUAGGGCCGAGAGAUAAAGCGCUUAAAGGAAGGGAAAGCGUGUGUGAGUUCUCGGCUUGUAAAGGUGUUGAAGGUGGGCUUAGGCAUUUCCUGGGAUGCAAGUCUAGGGCUUCGUGUGGUCAUUGUAAGCGGAUGUGGCAGCUUAUUCAGCUUCACUCUUGUCUCUGUGAUGGGUUUGAUUCUUGCGAGGUCCCUCUCUGCCGGAACUUGAAGGAGCAAAUGAAAAAGAUUAGCAAGAGAGAAGAGUCUAAAUGGAGAUUGCUUGCGGAGCACGUUAUUGCGGCUGGAAACAGACUUGGUCCAUUCUCUUUUUCACGCCGUUCUGCUUUGAUAUAAGAUAGGCUUUAGAGUCACUGAAGUGUAAAUAUAUACAAGGGAGAGAGCAAGGUGCACAAUAGUGGUUUUGGAACAUUGUCUUAACCAUGUUGUUGGUUACUUCUCUAUAUACAUGACGAGUCUUGAUCUUUGAGUCUUUGACAGUGUUGUAAAGAAGUUUUCGCACAAUCAUACAAUUUUUUUUUAAAAUGUAUACAAUGUGUUGUUCAUAUCAAAGU